GAGUACACGAAACCAGCAAAUCUGAGCCAUUCUUGCUCCGCUACUGCAUUUUAGUGCAAGCAGAAUACUAUGGAGCUGAAGAUGCGGUUAUGUGUGGCGCUGUUCUCUCUGAGUCUGUGUCUCACUCUCAUGGGUCAUGUGAAGGCACAGGAGGAACCUGAUGAUAUGGACAUGGAGGAUGCUACAGAUUACAUACCGGAGGAAGAUGUUGAGGAAGAGGAACAAAAAGCCCCCACAGCCCCACCUGUACCCACUGUGACGUAUAAAGCUCCAGAGCCAAUGGGAGAGCACUACUUUGCUGAGUCAUUUGAUAAAGGCACACUUCAAGGGUGGGUUUUAUCCCAGGCCAAGAAGGAUAGUAUUGAUGAGGAAAUUGCAAAGUAUGAUGGUAAAUGGGAGGUGGAAGAGAUGCAGGACACUAAACUCCCAGGUGAUAAAGGUCUGGUGCUGAAAUCCAAAGCCAAGCAUCACGCCAUCUCUGCUCUCCUACUGCGACCGUUUACUUUUGACACCAAACCCCUCAUAAUCCAGUAUGAGGUGAACUUUCAGACCGGUAUCGACUGUGGCGGAGCCUAUGUUAAACUGCUGUCACAAACCCAUGACCUUGACUUGGAACAAUUUGUGGAUAAGACUCCGUACAGCAUCAUGUUUGGGCCUGAUAAGUGUGGUGAGGAUUACAAACUACACUUCAUCUUCAGACACAAGAACCCUAAAACUGGAGAGUAUGAGGAAAAACACGCCAAGAAGCCAGACGCAGACCUCCGCACGUACUACACCGACAAGAAAACCCACCUCUACACACUAGUGCUGAACCCUGACAACAGUUUUGAGAUCCUGGUCGAUCAGACUGUGGUGAACAGUGGUAAUCUGUUGAAUGACGUGACUCCCCCUGUCAACCCACCUGCCGAGAUUGAAGAUCCUGAUGACCACAAGCCUGAUGACUGGGACGAAAGACCCAAGAUCCAGGACCCAGACGCAGUCAAACCUGAGGACUGGGAUGAAGAUGCUCCUGCUAAGAUUCCUGAUGAAGAUGCAGUGAAACCUGAUGGCUGGUUGGACGAUGAGCCAGAAUACAUCAGUGACCCUGAAGCCAUCAAACCCGAGGACUGGGAUGAGGAUAUGGAUGGCGAGUGGGAGGCUCCUCAGGUCCCAAACCCCGCCUGUGAGACCACCCCUGGCUGUGGCACAUGGCAGAGACCAAUGAUUGACAACCCUAACUACAAGGGCAAGUGGAAGUCACCAAUGAUUGACAACCCCAAUUAUCAGGGUGUGUGGAAGCCCAGGAAGAUUUCUAACCCAGACUUCUUUGAAGACCUCCACCCCUUCCGUAUGACUGCGUUCAGCGCCGUGGGUCUGGAGCUCUGGUCAAUGUCCUCCGAUAUCUUCUUUGACAACUUCUUCAUCACCUCUGAUCGUAACGUGGCCGAUCGGUGGGCUAUGGAUGGUUGGGGUCUGAAGAAAUCAGCUGAGGGAGCUGCUGAGCCCGGUCUGGUAAAUCAGAUGAUCACAGCUGCUGAAGAGAGACCAUGGCUCUGGAUCGUCUACGUCCUGACUGUGGCUCUACCUCUGGUGCUCAUCAUUGUCUUCUGUUGCACUGGAAAAAAGAGCUCCGCAUCCACAGCUACUGCAGCUGAGUACAAGAAGACCGAUGCUCCUCAACCAGACGUGAAGGAUGAAGCUGAAGAAGAGGAAGAGGAGGAGAAGCCUGAGGAGGAGGAGGAGGAGGAGAAGCCUGAGGGAGAGGAAGCCAAAAAUGAAGAACCAGAUGGAAUGAAGAGUGAAGAAGAGGAUUCUACAGGAGAUGGAGAGGAGGCUGCAGAGACGGAGCACAACGAUAAAUCUAAUGAGAAAUCAGAUGAGGACAUUCUGAGAAGGUCUCCCAGAAACAGGAAAACUAGAAAGGACUGAAUGACUUCCUAAAUUAGUUUCAAGUGCAGUUCCUCACCUCGACCAUAGCCCAACAUCCCUAUCCUCCCAUACCUUUCCAACCCUUGCACCCGCGUUCCCUUCCUCCCCUGUUCUUCUGCUCAAUCUUCACUUCUGUGACGACAGAGUAAAACAGUCCACCACAUGACCAACAGCGACACGAACGCCUCCUCAAACAGGGCUGAGGAUGUUGAUGGUUACCAUGGUGAUGAUGAUGAUUGAAUAGCAUAGAAACUUUCUCCGUAACUAAACAGAAAUCUCUGUUACCAUUCCUUGACUGUGCAUCUCUUAUAUAUCUUCCUUUUAAGCUGUCGCAAAUGAUUUCAGACAGUGUUCCUACAGCCUAAACCGUGGCAACAUUAUGGCACACUAGGUAUUGUAAGGAUUUCAGGCUAACAGCUUUAUUUGCCUGGGUUUUGUAGGGAACACGUUAUAGAAUUACAAGAGAAGCUAUAGAAAGAAACUAUUGUAUGGAAGAAAGGUGAUUUUGUUUUAGAUAUUAAUUUUUUAAACUCUAAAACUGGCCACAUGUCACUUGAUGUACACCAAGAUUUAAAGUUUUAUGUCAUCUUUGCCUCCAUUCCAUGAGGUUCAACCAUAACAUUUAAAGGGGUAGUUCACACAAAAAUUAUAAUUUACUCAUCCAUGUGUCAUUCCAAACAUAUAUGACUGAUUUUCUCUGUGGAACACAAAAUGAGACAUUUUGAAGAAUGCUGACGCUGCACUUUUUCAAACAAUUAAACAAGUGGACUAAUGAUGUCAGUACUUACAUUUUGCUUAAUAUUUCCUUUUGUGUUCCAUGGAAGAAAGGAAGUCAUAUGGCUUUGGAACAACAUAAGGGUGAGUCAAUUAUGACCCAUUUUUGUGUCAACUGUCCCUUUAAUACAACAAGAUAUGGUGCAAAUGCUCGUUAGAGCAUCCAGGGAGAAUGCCAGAUAGAUUUGUAGGUUCUAGUGUGCUGCCUUAUUGUAGGACUCAAGAUUUGCUAAUAUUUUUUUUUUUCUGUGAAUGUACCGAGUUUUGUCUUUUUUUUUUUUUGUUUGUUUGUUUUUUGCUAUUCCAAUGGACUUUAUACUAAAUCUGUACAAACAUGUUUUCUGCUCUUGAACUGAUGUAGAUUCUAACCUGUUCAGCCCAAUAACGGUUUCAUAAUGGGACAAAAACAUGACACUUUGGCAUGGUUGGCUAUUAGAGAAAGCUUGGCAGGAUGAUGACAUCAUUGCCUUCAUUGACUCAGCAUUACAAUAAGGUUCAAUGUCUUUUCGUUGGUGCAUAUUUCGGGCCUGAUUUGUCUGUUAAUCACAUAUUUUGUGAUGUCAUAUCCUAUCUUUCCAAUAUUUGCAGCAGCUUCCUCUUUCCAAUUACAUUCAGACAUAUAACCAACAGUGAGAGUUUCACAAUUCCAAUAUAUAAAGACCCUUUUCAGACUGUCGCUCGACAUGUGGAAAGCAAAGUCGAGGGGUGUAAAGCAAUCUGUAAUUUCAUGUACCAAUUCAUACUAACUCUGCCCCUAUAUAACUGACCCCAAUGAUAUAAGAAAGAUGGUUGGAUGGAUUGAUGAUGAUACAGUAUGGAUGAAUGGUGAUGAUGACGAUAUGGAUGUCAGAUAGGUAGAUGGAUGAUGAUGAUAUGGUUGCCCUGAUCUAAAGUAGCAUAUGUAGUAUUGCUAGUUUCCUGAGUUACUUGUUUCCACUCUCAAUAUGACAAACUGGCCUCGUCUGUUUAUAUUUCAUCAAGGUAGUCAGAUGAGAUGCCAUGACGUGAGCUCUGUCCCAAGACUUAUGAAGAGUUGGCACUUUUAAAGUUAACUAAGAUUAACUUAAAAUCAAACACAACAUACAAAAUAUAUGCUGCUCUGCUGUACUGUUAAAGGGGUAGUUCAAUAAAUUAAACUGUUGUCAUGUACUGUCGUAUCGUUUCAAAUGAAUGGUGACAUGCUUUCAUUCUGCCUAAAAUCGUCUUUAGUGUAACAGCAGAAGGAAGUCUUUGGUUUGGAACAUCAUUUUUGGAUUAUACCUUUAAGGCCUCACUUUGCUUUCUCUAAUGUGCAACCUUAAAUGUCUUUCCUGUACACCUGUGUUUUUGGGCUGUUAGUUUCUUUUUCUCUUAUUUUCUUUCUUUUGGAUUACCAUUAUUACACAGAUGUAGGCAAUAGUUGGAUGGAUAGAAGGAUGGAAAAAAGAUUUAUUGAUUUAUUGGUAUCAUUGCAGUUGUGAAAUUGAGAUCAUUUGGGGUGGGGGGGGUGGGGACAGUUUGGGGAAUAAUCCAUCAUGUUACUCACAAACUAAAAUAAACUGAUUUAAUGAACGAGUUGUGUUUUUCUCUGUGUGAGUUGCUGUGAUUUUGUGAUGUUUUGUGAGUGUGGCUUCAUGUCAACUGCCACCUUAAAGAAAAAUUUGGUUGUAUAAUGUUUUUUUAUUUUACAUUAAUGUGAAUUUCUCGAAACCUGUCAAGAAAAUAAAAUAUAUUGUGCUAAAAGAA